AUGCGUUUGUUCAGUACAGCAGCCCUCGUGGCCGCCUUGUUCGCAACAACUGUGAUAGCAGGGAUGGAACAGUUGGCGGCCGUUUUACCCUCGUGUGCGCUGGAGUGUAUGAUGACUUCAGUGUCGCAAUCCUCCUGCGAGACAACUGACCAGGCAUGUCUAUGCAAUGAUACACAUUACACAGCUGUUCUCCAGAAAUGCGUUAUUUCUAGUUGCACAAUUCGAGAAUCUCUGACUACAAAAAAUGUCACAACAUCAGCGUGCGGGGCCCCUAUCCGGGACCACACAAAGUUUGUUUCUCAUGCAGGGAUUGGCGGUGGAAUUGUAGCCCUUAUUGCUUUCAUUCUCCGGAUGCUGGCUCGAUUGAGCUGCUGUGGUGGCAUUUUUGGCGCGGAUGAUUGGACAUUGAUGUUAACAAUGGCUUUACUUAUUCCACUUUCAGCACUCUCGGUCGUCUUGGCCAAUUCAGGUUUAGGAAAGGAUAUGUGGACCCUUCCUUUCGAUAACAUCACCCAUAUUCUAUAUGUCUAUUUUUGGGAUGAAUUGCUCUAUCUGAGCAUUCUCCCGCUGACCAAAAUAUCAAUUUGCUGUUUCUACCUUCGUAUCUUCCCUGAUCGGACGUUCCGGACAGCAACUUACGUGGUAAUUGCACUGAAUGUGUGUUACUUGAUUGCCUUUGUCUUGAUCUCGGUGUUCCAGUGUCGACCUCUACCCGGAGCGUGGCACCGCUGGUAUGGAGAGGAGAACUAUAAGUGCAACCAUAUCAACGCACAGGGCUGGGCAGCGGCAGUGCUCAACAUGGUCCUUGAUAUAAUUGUCAUGGUGCUUCCACUGCGCCAGCUAUACCGUUUAAACCUUUCUGUGAAAAGAAAAUCAUACGUGAUAUGCAUGUUUAGCCUGGGUAUUUUUGUCACCCUUGUCAGCAUCCUGCGGCUGAAUUCACUCAUUCACUUUGCUUCUACCACUAACCUAACAUGGGAUUAUGUGACAAUUGGGUAUUGGAGUACUAUUGAAUGCGAUGUUGGCGUUAUAUGUGCGUGUCUGCCUGCCAUUCGAUCCUUACUACGUCGUGUAUCCCCCACACUCUUUGGCGAUACUGCGCCAGCCAAAUCGUCAUAUGCUAUGAACUCUCAUUCCCGUGGAAAUGGAUCACAAUUUGCGGGUAUCCCUGGGCAUAGAAAGAGUGCUGAUCGGCAAUUCUACCCACUUGAUGAGCUGGACAUCUCUGAUGAAGCCCGGUUACACCACCCCCAGCCGGUGUAG